AUGCAAUUAGGUCUAGAAGAAGCUCUACCAUCGUUGGUCAAGGCCAAAUUUGCUUCUGCGAAAGCCAGUAAUGCCUUGAUCUUCUCGUCCACUGAGCUUUCUAUCUUGCGAACCAAAUCUGCAGCACCAUUUCAACUGCGCUAUUGUCCAGCGCUGGCGAAGAAACCAACCGGCGAUGGAAAGAAGCAGCCCAGUGGCCCAAAACCUGAUCCUUUCGACCAAGUCUCGCCGGAACUGCUCAUUGCAAACAUCCCCAGUAACAAUCCCAGCCACCUACUCGUCUUGAACAAGUACCCCGUGAUUCCUCAGCACUUCAUAAUUGCAACCAAACUCAACAAGCAGCAAACACACAUGCUCGAGCAGGAUGACCUUGCUGCCACACAUGCUUGUCUGAAAGCUUGGGAGGAGAACAAGAACAGUAAACUGUUCUCCUUUUUCAACUCUGGCGAGCACUCUGGGGCCAGCCAGGCACACCGACAUCUGCAAUUCUUGAGCGUCGAUGAGAUGAAGCGGGAUCAACAGGAAAGUGCAAGUUGGGACCCUUUGAUCGAACGCAUGUUGGCAGCUCCUGCCGAUGAAGGUCAAGGAUUAAGGACCAACCCCGGACUACCUUUUACCCAUUAUGCCCUGGAGCUUCCCCAUGAGCCCAGCCCAGAGACACUGUACUCGAGUUACAACAAGUUAUAUGAAACAGCUGCCGCCGCCGUCAGGUCCUACAUAUCCUCCAACCAGAAUCCGGAUCUCGAGCUCCACCCGUCCGAAGGCGGAUCAUCGCCCAUCAGCUACAAUCUUGCCAUGACGACCUCGGCUAUGGCCAUCGUGCCGCGUAGGAAAGAAGGCGCCGCCAUCAAGGACAGUAAGGGUAAUGAGGUCGGUAGCGUGGCCCUGAAUGGUACGUUACUGGCCGGUACCCUCAUGGUGAAAUUGGAGGAUGAAUGGAACGCCCUACGAGAUGAUCAACUACAACUCGAUGGCAUUCUGACGGCAAUUGGUGUCCCAAGGUAG